AUGCGUAAGGAUGAAUCCUCAAAAAAAGAGAUAAAAGACAUUGAACAACGCAUAAUAGCCUCAGAUAAUGAAAUCGAUGAUUUGACCUUAAAUGUAGACCAUCUAUUUAGAGAAUUGGGAUAUAUUUAUGAAACAUCUUUGGUGCUUAAAAGGGAGAUUAGGGGAAUGCCGCCCUAUCAAGAUGUUGCAAUUGCUGUGGCCGAUCUACUAAUAUCAGGUAUGACAUUGGAGUUAAUAGAUGGUGAUAGAUUUCUAUUGCCAGUUGAAUGGAUCAAAUUAGUUUUUCGAGCUGUGUCAAACAAGAUAGGAAGAAACAAUGUUUUGUCUAUUUCUGUACUAGGUUUGCAAAGUUCUGGAAAGUCAACAAUGUUAAACUCAAUGUUUGGAACUCAAUUCUUAGCGAGUGUUGGACGGUGCACAAAGGGUAUUAACAUGCAACUUAUUCCCAUCAAAAAAGAAGAAAAAUCUUCAGGUUGUCCUUUCAAUUUUAUAUUCCUUCUCGAUACUGAGGGUUUACGGGCACCCGAGUUUUGUGACCGUAAAUUAGAUCAUGAUAAUGAACUUGCUACAUUUAUAGCUGGAAUUGGUGAUAUUACAAUUCUUAAUAUCAAAGGCGAGAAUUUAAGCGAAAUAAAUGAUAUUUUGCAUGUUGUGGUUCACGCAUUUUUGCGGCUUAAACUUGCAAAUGAGAAUCUAGAUAUAAGAAAGCAAUGCUAUUUUGUGCAUCAAAAUGUUACAAAUAUUCUUGCUUCUGAAAAGAAAAGACGAGGAUUAGAAAUAUUCCAUAAAACGUUAGACACAGCAACGAAAGAUGCCGCUGAGAUUGAAGGAAUUCUUGACGUAGUUUCCUUUAACGAGAUUAUCGAGUUCGACAUAAAUACCCACGUGUGGCACAUGCCUAAUCUUUGGCAAGGAAGUCCCCCAAUGGAAUUUGUAAAUGCUGAAUACAGCAAAGGGGUUUUUAAUAUCAAACAAAGUAUCAUCCGAAACGCAAUACAAAUGAAGUAUAAAUCCUUUAAAUCUUUAAAUGAUACCAUGACACAUGCAGGCGAUCUAUGGGAAGGAGUUUUGAGUGACAAUUUUGUAUUUGCAUUUAGAAAUUCAUUAGAAAUUAAGGCAUAUAUCAAAUUAACAGAACAGUUAAACAGCUUAUAUCGAAUAGUCGAAAACAGAGAAAAUGAUACUUUUAUUUCGACCGCAUUCACAAAGUCAUCCGUUUGUGAAACAGCCGCUAUUCUCAGUACUGAAAUGGAACAGCUUAUGCUUGAAGUCAAAGACAGCGUAAGAAGAGCGGAAGAUUUCCUGAGUAGUGAGUUGCAGAAAUCCAUUGAUGAUGAUGAAAACAGAGAAAUAACUGAAAAAUGGCGUGAACCAAUGCUAUAUCAAAUCAAAGAUUUUUGUAAGGAUUUGAAACAUAAUAUCAACAAUGAAAUAUCAAGAAUAUUUAGGAAGCAAAAUUUAACAAUAUUGACAUCUGAUCUAAAACUAGAAAAAGAGUUUCAUGAAAAAUCAAUUCAAGUAGCAAAUGAACUAAAAACUUCAGUUUGGAAAGAAGCAGACGUUACAAGCAAAUUUGAAGAAAUCUGGAGGACUGUGUUUGUAAAUGAAUAUUCAAGCCAUUCCAAGGUAGAUGUAACUAAAGCUUUUGAUGAUGCUAUUUCAAAGCAAUAUGAAAGGGAAAGGCCGAUUUUGUCGGCGCAGCAGAAGUCAUAUCAGAAAUUGCCAAUAAGCAAAACAUCAUGUUCAAAAUUGUGUGGAACGUUUAGAGAAAUUGGAGUAUGUACAGACGAUUAUGUAACUUCAAAAAUCAGUUUCAUGCCUAAGACAAAACAAAGAAGUCGCGAUUUUGAGAAUGCAAAUGACAAAGCUGAAAAAAUGUUUGAAAUAAUUGAUCAACUGAUAAAUGGGUACUGCACUGAAAAUUCUGAAGUAACAAAUUCACAUAUUUGUGAAUUUGUACAUAAAGUUGAUGAUAUUUCAAAAAGGUAUCAAACAACUUGGUCUUGGAGCAGUAAGUUUAGGGUACGUUUAAUAGUUCAUAUUCAUGCAUGUGCUGAAAACUCUUUCAAGAAACAUAAUUCGAUAUUUUUACAGAUUAUUGACAUCCGACUGGAGCAAAAAAAGGCAAAAGGCCUACAAAUUUUUAAAGCCCAUAUCGAUCAUCGUGAAGCGGAGGAAAAGGCUGCAAUUGAAUUCAUAAGUAUUAUUGAAACUAAAAUAAGACAAAUUGCAUCUACAAAUAUAUCAUUUCAGGUUACAUCAGCUCUUUGUGAUGUUAUUCCAACCGUUAAAUACCAUUUGAUUGUUGAAAUCUUGACAGAGCUUGCAAGAAAUGAAAAUUUCGAUGACUUUAUUCUCUAUAAUUCAGGUCCUGAAAAUUUUGCUGCUCGAUGGAUAUUUAACAGGGCACAACAAUUUCUUUUUAGAAAAGAUAAAACUAUCAAAAGCAAAUACUCUGAAAUUGCUUGUUUUCAAAUUCACAUCCCAUUAGAUAGUGUUAGGAGCUCUGUAUUUGAGAGCGUUAAGAAAAGUAUUGCAUCUGAUUCGUCGUUCGAUAAAUGGAUAAAGUCGUUUGUGGACAGUGAAGAGAAAUGUGGGACAACUGUAAAGAGUUUCGAGUUGAUGAAGUCUAUGUUACAGCACGAUAUAGAUUUUACAUGUUUACAAGAAUGUAUUGUCAAAAAGCUUGAAGAUUUAAAACUUGAUUUGGAAAACGAAUAUGAAGCGGUAGAUGAAAAUUCCGUAAAAUGGGACGGAAGAGAUCCGAUACAGUAUGUUGUAGAAAAUGUAUGGGGUUGCAAAGCUAGCUGUCCUUUUUGUGGCGAACCUUGUGCUUAUGGCAAAACGCACGCAGGAAGAAAACACUAUGCUCUACAGCACAAGCCCAAAGGCAUAAAAGGACAUUAUAAUCCUGACGGAAAAGAAGCCAGCAUAACUACUUGCAAUGUCGAUAUCCAAAUGAGAAACAAAUAUUUUCCAUGUAAACUUAUCAACUAUGUCUGUUCAAAUAAAAGAGGAGAGUGUGGGGAAAAAGAGCAUAAAUUUUUUGACUACCGAGAUCUCUUUCCAAAAUGGGACAUCAAGCCUGGAACAACAGUUGAAAGCUGUUCAAAGUUUUGGGCGUGGUUCAUGGUUCACUUUAAAAGGCGCAUUUCGAGGAAAUUUCUUAUAAAGGUGAACAAAAUACCUCCCUAUUGGCAGAACAUUUCAAAAGACGACGCGAUUGAUAGCUUACACCUUAUAUAUUCUUAG